CACUCCGUCCGAGCUGCUAGUUUGGCCCGCGACCUCGCGCCGCGAGCACGUGUCGAUCGGCAACCGGCCUCCCCCCGACACGAUACAGGCGUGUUUUCACCGACAUAUAAAUGAAAAUUUGAUCAAAACUACAUUUUGACGCAUCGUGUGUUCUUCUCAAGCAUAGACUGUGUAUGUAAUCAAACUUUGUGUGCGAAGGAUUUGAGUGUAUAAUGUAAACGUUGCAGAGACGGUGAGUGCAACGUUUUCAGUGCCAAUUUCAGGUACAAACGCGAAAUGUUGUGACAUCGACCACUAUGCCUUAGUGUUGUGAAAGUAUCGAUAGCCGAUAUCGAUAUGGCGCGGUUGUUACUAGUGUUGUUGCUGCCGGCGCUCGCCGCAGCGGCAGUCGGUGACACUGAUGUGUGCAACCCGGAUAAAAUGACUGUGUACAAAAUGGUGCUGCAUACGUAUUGGACAAGGGAGAAAUUCCCGAAACAUUACCCGGAUUGGCGACCGCCGGCUCAGUGGUCCAAAGUUUAUGGUGUAUCACACGACCGAUCAUACGUGCUCUUCCGACUCGGACGUCGGGUCUCGGCCCCAGUCCGACAGUUCGCCGAGUCGGGCCGAUCAGACGCGCUGGGCUCGGGCCCGGGCACGCUCGAUGUGUUCGGCGGCCCCGCGGUUGGACAAGGCGCGGGGAGGACUGAGGCCGAGUUCUUUGUUGAUGGCAAUCAUUCUAGGGUGUCAGUAAUGGCGAGGAUGAUCCCGUCUCCUGAUUGGUUCAUUGGAGUGGACAGCUUCGAUCUCUGCGUGGAUGGGAACUGGCUUGACAGCAUCACUAUUGAGGUGGACCCACUAGACGCGGGGACAGACAACGGCUUCACAUUCACCGCUCCAAACUGGCCGACCGCUCCACAGGGCGUGGCUUACCGCAUCACUUCGAAAUACCCGUCGCACCCAGCUGGCUCCUUCUUCUAUCCGCAUCUCAGGAGACUGCCGCCGAUUGCUACGUUUCAGUUUAUAAAGUUACGCGAAUACGAGCUCUCCGAAGUAUUUCACCGCAACACCGACGACAGGAGAUACGAUGUCUUACAACUGGACAAGAUGAACCAUAACAACAUAGAUGUGCUGGACGGUAACAGGGCUCUGUCGAUUGCUGAAGAAGUGGAGCGACAAGAACAGGCGCCCAGGAUAUACUCGGAGGGAUCCAUGACCACGUCUGAUGGGGCUUAUUCGUAUUAUUCUUUAACGAACGCGACAUCGAGUACGACCGAAGAGCCUCGCUCGGCUAACGAGCUCCCGACGUCGGCGCCGGCAGCCAGUGAGAGGUCAGCUCUUCGGAGCCUCGCGAGGAGGUACCGGGCGAGGAGGAGGCGUAAGCUGCGCGCUGAUAAUACUGAUCCCGCUGAGCGGAGGAAGCGGAAAAGAGCUAGACUGUUAGACUGCCGGGUAUCAGAAUGGAGUGAAUGGAGCCCAUGCCGCAGCGACGGCGGCUGCGUGGGUUCAGCAAUGCGUACGCGCCGAAUCAUAAGACGACAGCGGCCGGGAGGCGCGCCGUGUCCGCCCACGGCGCUGUCACGGUGGUGCGCGACCAACUGCACAGCGCAGCAGACGCACGAAGACUGGCGAAAUAAUCUCACGUAAUUCUGAAUUUACAUGAUUCUGUUUUCGAAUUUUGAAUUAUUUUCUUUUGUGCCAGGGUUUGAAGGCAGUGUUUGAAUUUCGAAAGUUGAAUACUCACAUCAGAGAAAUGUACCUAUAUUAUCUGAAGGAUGAUGUCAGUUGGCCAUCUUUGCACAAUGUACUGUUGUUUGAAUGUUAGUUCAAAUAUUGGCUGCAAACUAUGAAGUGAGUAAACAAGGCACAACUCUAUUAGUGGCCAGAUUCUAAUACAUAUUAUAACUUUCCUUUAAUCUAUUUAUGACGACUGUUUAUUAUUUAGCAUCUGUGUCUGUCCGUCCAAGUAUAAUUUUGUUUCGAAUUCCAAUCAUUAAUUUCGCAUUUCAAUUUUCUUUCGGAUGUAAAGUGCGUGGGGUGUAAAAAUAUAAUAAAAAUGUUGUAUAAAAUAAAAAUAGUAAGAGAUGACUGUCAGUGUUGGAAAAUAAUAGAUAGUGUUCGAUUCAUUAACGCUGUACCUAAUUAUGCUUUUUUCCGAUUUUGUUUGUUGGUCAAUUAUCGUUAAGAGUGACUAAGAUUUAGGAUAAGAAAGUCACACGGCGUUACUUCAUUACUGAAUUUGUUUGGAAAAAGCUUCAGCAAAUUAUAUAAAAAAAAAAUUGGAAACAAAAUAUUCUUCCAAAUUAGAUAUGUUAGAAUAAAGCUUUCCAAUCUCUUAGAAUCUUACAGAAUUAUUUUUAAAAACUAUAAUAUGAAUUAUUACAGAUUUUUGCUCUAGUACAAAAUGAUGUCGUGUCUUAUGCUAUUAAAAAUAAAAUAAAGAAAGUAAUAGUAUUAUAAUUUGUAUUUAUCAAUAAUCAAUUUUCCGUAACCUCUUCACUAUAACUACUCAUAGAUCCCUGACAAUACUUUGGGAGUUUAUAAUAGAAAAAAAUACAUAUCGUUUACUUAAGUGUUUAAACUUUGUGACAGUAAUCCAAUAAAAGUGUAGAAAUUAUUUUAGUGUUAAAUGGAUCCAAAGAUGCAGCUUUUAUUUUUCAUACAAAUGAAUAAUGUAAAAACUUUUAAUGAACAAAUAAAAUUAAACAGAUUAUUGAACAACCCAUAUGGACUUUUUGAAAUAAGUCUAUGGGUAGAGUGCGAGUUAACAAGGUUAAAAUAUAUUUAAAAAAACAAAACAUCAAAAUAUGCAGUUAAUUGAAUUCUUUCCAUUUUUUUAACAGUUCAGUUUCCGUAAGUGAUUGACUUCGUUUAAAUACGACUAAAAACCAAAUACAUUUUGUAUGACAUAAAAAUAGCUACUAAAUACUAUCUAUCUAAUUUGGUGUGGUCAUUUACGCAGCCAUAAUAUUUAACUUGCAAAUUCGCACUAACAAGGUCUGUUUAUUUUUAUUAACCCACUAAGUAUUAAUUAAGUCUGUACUUAGAUAAGUAUUAAAUAGAUAUUCACAAAGCCUUCUGUGAGACUAUGAAUUUAAUUUGUAAUUGUUUUUCAUUAAAAACAUUGAAAAUACAGUGCUUAGUAGAUGUUGUAUAGUGCCAUUCAUAAAAACAAAUAGAGAGAAAAAGUGUAAAUGUUCAUAAUUUGGGAUUAACUGCACUUUUUCUUCAUAAAAAUGCGACUAUAAAAAGCAUUUCUGUUAAACCAAAAUAGCGGAGGUUCACAUAAUUGAAACUCUUUAGCAAUUUGCUUUAAAUGCCAAAGAACUAUGUUAUACUUCAUUUUGAACUUACAGAUGUUUUUUGAAGAUCAAUUCAUACAUCGGUAAAAGAUUUUUAGUUCUAAAUCCGAUUUCAUAACUUUGUGAAGAUUUUUAUUUCUGCUCAAACUUAGACAAAAAAUAAAAAUGUGUGAGUUGAUCUUAUAAUUAGGCAAAGAAAAAAAAUUUUGUCAAAACACCUAGUUAAUAAAUAAAGCUAUAGUUUAACUGUAAAAUAGAGCCAAAAAGCUGAAAGUGUUAACCCUAGCGUAAUACUCGGAAUAUGUGUAUUUUUUACAAUGUAAAUUAUUCUGAUUUCAGUAAUAAAACAUCUUGAAUAAAA